AUGCUUCAACUGUCGUUCCUUACCUACCUGUGGCUCGCCGCAGGGCUAGUCGCGGGUGAAGACCUCACAAUAUAUCAGAGGCGAUUCUGGCACAACGCCGCAAUCUUGGGCGAUAAUCUUUACAUCGAUGGCGGAUCCAUGUCGAAUCAUGUCAACGGCUCGCUGCCAGAGGGCACAGAAUACAACACGAGAGCGGUUUUAAACACGACGGUCAUCUCCUUGAAGAACGAUUGGAACAACACCAAUGUGGAGAAAUCAUAUCACGGCUAUGGGCAGAAUACGUUGGGUGUCAAGAUAUUCGCUCUCUGGACCAACCAGAAGUUGGGUCAGAUCUUCCGAUGGGGAGGUGAGCGAACCGACGAUUCGCAGGUCGCAAAAGAUUACCCUGUCAUGUGGUACCUGAAGAACGACACCUCGAAUAGUGACUUGUGGUACGAGACACCAGCAGACGAGGAUAACCCGCCUGGAGUGAGUGGUACGCCGGUGACUUGCGGUGGCAAGCAUCUUUACUUCGGCGGUAGCGUGAGCAACAAGACGUACGCCAAGGUCCAGGUCAACAAGCUGUCCAAAGGAGUCCUCGAGUAUAACCCCGACACCAAAGUCUGGACGAGGCAUGAGAACUCGAGCUACCCGAAGCCAUAUGGAACGCACAAGAUGGGCGAGGCCGUGUGCAUUGAGGAUUUGAUCUCCAAGCCGGUCGUUUUGCUAUUUGGUGGCCGCUACACGAACCCUGAUACGGGGGAUACACAGCCGAACGCGCUGUCAACGGUGACUUUGUAUGAUGUUAAUACCCAUGAAUGGUACGAACAAAACACCACUGGACUAGCUGGAACUCAUAGGUCUGAGUUCUGCUCCGUCGGAGCAAAGGGCAAAAAUGGAACAUAUGAGAUCUAUGCCUAUGGUGGUGAUGGAAAAGGCGGCACCCAAGGCAGCGUUUGCAUUCUCACCCUCCCCGACUUCCACUGGGUCUGUCCAACUGCACUCAGCAAGGGGCCUGCUCGUUUGCACCAUGUCUGCGUCACACGAAAGAACCAAAUGAUUUCCGUGGGUGGCGCUCGAAGCUUCUUCAACUUCAGCGACCCGGAUCCGUGGGGAAAUGGGCUCGGAAUCUUGGAUCUCACCGAGUUGAAGUGGAAGAACGACUAUAAUGCGAGCGCCCCGGAGUAUGACUCGCCGGAUGUCAUAAAGGAGUGGUACGCUGAUGCCGCACGGGAACAGCCUCUAUGGGCUAGUGAUUCUAUCAAGGCAAUGUUUUCAAAGAGCUCAGACACCACAGACAGUAAUCAGAAUAAUACAAACAGCACAACGGACAGUUCCGGCAACCAGUCAACGGAAUCUACAGGGAGCAGUACAAAUGUUGGCGCAAUCGCUGGAGGCACAGUUGGCGGCGUAGCUUUGAUCGCCCUCGUUGCCUUUGCCAUCUGGUUCUUUCGCCGUCGUCCAAACACAGAUAUCCCGGAGAAGGCAGAGCUUGAGGAGACAUCGCCCCAGCACUAUCCUUCGCCUCACGCCCAUAGUGCUACUCCUGCUAGUCAUCUUACUCAUAGGAGUCAUCUUCAAUCUAGCCAUACCAGCCAUACAUCUCCAAGCGACCCAAGCGAUCCCACUGAACAUUUGGUCAGCUCACCUUCAACGACGAUGCUGCAGAAGAGUUACAGCCUUUCUUUACCAGCUCCGACAUUCCAGGAUCCUUCACCGGGCUUUCACGAGAUCGCGGCUGAUGUGCCUCGAGUAGAGCUGGAUGGCGGAGUCGUAACUGCUGUUUCGCCCAACAGUACGUGGAGACCGGAUGGGUGGUGA